AUGGGGAUAUCUCGUAGCUCCCCAUGGUUUGUCAUUGGGGAUUUUAAUGAGUUGACUGGUAACCAUGAGAAACGAGGGGGUAAACUUCGUCCUGCGGCAUCUUUCCGGUCUUUUAAUUGUAUGAUCCAGGAUUGUGGUUUCUUGGAAUUUCCGUAUUUGGGUGAUUACUUGUCUUGGCGGUGUUGGAGGGAUAAAAAGCCUAUACGGUGUCGGUUGGAUAGAGCUCUAGAAAAUGAAGACUGGCAUGCUCUUUUCCCGGAUACCGUGACAGAAUAUUUGCCGAUGGUGGCGUCUGAUCACAAGCCCAUGUUAGCGUAUAUAGGCGCCAAACAUCCUAAGGGGAAGAGGCGGUUUGUUUUCGAUAGACGGUGGAUUGGGAAGGAAGGAUUAAUGAGUACCAUUUCUUCAGGCUGGGGAGCGGAUGGGCAGAAUGGGCAGGGACUUUUUGUGGACAAAGUGGUGAACUGUCGGCAGUCUAUCUCGCGGUGGCAGAAGACACAAGUGCCAGUCAGACGGGAUGCAAUAGACCUUAUUACACGGCAGCUAACGGAAGCACAGGCAGAUGAUGCAACAUCCCCGGAAACGAUUACGGAUUUGACCAAUCAAUUGAGGGAGGCUUAUCGGGAUGAAGAAAUUUAUUGGUAUCAGAAGAGUCAGAAUCGAUGGAUGCGGGUAGGAAAUAGGAACUCCAAGUAUUUCCAUGCACAAACGAAGCAGCGCAGGGCACAGAACAGGAUAGUGGGACUUUUUGAUAAGAACAAUGUGUGGUCUACGGAUGAUGAGGCGAUUUGUAACACGACAGUUUCAUAUUUUCAGGAUUUAUUCUCAACAAUUGGACCGGCUAAUUGUGAUGAGAUUCUAGGGGAAAUUGCUAGGGUGAUUACAGAUGCGGAUAAUGCUUUCUUGACUGGUCCGGCUACGGAGAAAGAAUUAGAGCGGCUUUAUUUAUGA